AUGACUGAUUCCAUGCCUGUCCAGAAUGAAAUAGAUGAACUGGAGAAACGGCUGGUGAAAAUGGAUUUUAAACUGGAAACAGCAAAGAAGGCAAGGGAUGAAUAUGUGAAUUUCCUACGACAGAAAUAUCCUAGUUGGAAACCACACGAAAUGCAAAUAUAUAAUCAGUCAUCAAUAUCGAGUCAUUUCGAACGAUCGAUCCUAGAGAAAAUGGCAACGAAUAAAUACCACUGGGACCUUGGUGGACAUUUUAUUGCGCCACGUUCGAAACCAGAAUUGGAUAACCAGCUUGAACCAAAUGACCCAAUACCAUCAAGUGGACCAGCCCUGGAACCCGAUUUGGUCAGAAUCAAAAAACGAUUAGGUGAAAUAGCUGAAGAUUUGGACAACUUACGCGAGCAUCGACUUCAUUUAUCCACCGCCGACUACUAUCUUUCAUUAGGACCUGAAUCUCGUUCCUGUAAAAGUCAAGAAAUGCCUUGGAGAAAAAAUAUCGUUCAGCUGAAAAGUUUACAUGAAUUACGUAAACAAAUCAGUCAAAUUGAUUGCGUUGUUUUGGAUACUCCACGACCGGACGCUGAAUGGAUGCGAGUGGAAUAUUUGCAAAAGUAUACUAACAGUGAGGCAGGAAAAAGAAACGAUAAUCAGAGUGAAGGAAAGUCUGAACAGUCAUUUACCGAUAAGGGGAAAAAUUUAAGUAUGCUUCCAACAGAGCAACAGAAAGAAUCAAGUUAUCUUCAAGAAGCACAGUACACUGGAACGAACUUAACCCUGAAAGAAACACCUGAUCUUCGUCAAACGCUAGAUGUACAAAGAGGCGAUCAAAAAUCGUCAAGUCAGGAAAUAGUGGCCGUAAAGUCAAGAUUUUUUCGGUUAUGUGUAUCAAAAAUACUGUGAUGUCUAAUAGUUACGGAAAUGAGUAACUCUGGAAAUUUCAAAAUGGUUUAACUCGGAUAGAUAACUUUUACAGACGAAAAUUAGACCAAAGAUUGUUAAAGGAACCCUUUCAUUUGACACUGUGAAACUAUGAAAAGAAAUAUCAGCUUGUUUCAAUCUGCUUCAUUUCCUGGUUUCCCGAAGGAACUUUUCAGGCCUACGAUGAUAGAAAACACCUCUCAGACUUCGAACCUACCAAAAGUUGCAGACGACGGAUUUAGUUUCCUAGCCAAAAUCCUGGGAACCUCAGCAGAUAGCGCUGAUAACAAAAAACCGACAUUUACGGAUAAAUACAAUGAUGGAAUGUUGAAAACGAUUGAUCUAAGUGCCGAGGAUUCUGAUUCUGAUUUCUUCGCUUGAGUUGUUCAGAUACUACCAACGACAAUGUUUAAAAUAUAUCAUUUGUGUGUCAAUUAUUUUCUCACACCUUUUUUCUGAAUUUUCUAAAUCAUGCAAUUAAUUAAAAUGACAUUUGUCAAUAUCCCAUGACCAUACAGAGAGGGAAGAUCUGAUUCCCUGUAGUGUGAUUUUUGACUCUGUUUUGAUUCCAUUUUGCUCUCAUUUCCAUCUCUCGUGAGCAGUUUCAUCCUCUUAGGCCAGAUAUUAUUGUAAUAAGGGAAAGACUUGAUUCGAAGAAUUGCUUACAAACAAAUCCCUGACGUCGC